UGCGGUGAAUGCGUGAUUGAGGUCCCGCAGCUAGUAAUCGUCCCCCUUUUUGGGGCCGGAGUGCACGGCGCGGAGGAGCAGCCGGAAUAGGGUGAUGUGCCAUCAGCCACUGGGGGGCAUCUGUCCUCUCUGCAACUUGUUCAUCCUGUGAAGCUUAUGGGAUAGGAGUGUGCGUGCCCCUUCCCAACACUGCUGCCCCACUGGAGUCAUUUGUGCCAAAGCUGAGUUGCGUGGAAGGAGCAGAGAUGGGCAGCCCAGGCUGCGAAGUGGGUCUAGCCAAGCCGGUGGAGCCAGCCCUGGAGGCUCUGUGUCCUGAGUGCGGCCAGAUCCACCGCAGCCGGGAGAACCACCUUUACAACUACCGUCUGGAGGUGGAUGAUGACCUGGUGUGCCACAUCUGCCUGCAGCCGCUGGUGCAGCCCCUUGACACGCCGUGUGGACACACCUUCUGCGCCCGCUGCCUGCGGAGCUUCCUCCAGGAGAGGGACUUCUGCCCGCUGGACAGGACACGGCUGCAGCUGCAGGCGUGCCGCAGAUCCAGCAUACUGGUGCACAAGCUGCUGGACAAGCUGUCUGUGUCCUGCCCUUUGACCCCAGUCUGCUCCCUCAGCAUGCCACGAUGUGACCUGGAGGCACACCUCAAACACAGGUGUCCCGGGACACGGUGUCAGCAGACCAGCACGGACGGCCCGCGAUGCGAGAGCGGGGACGAGCGAGCGAUGGUGACCAGCCCUCCCAGGUCUCCCGGCUCCCCACAGACAGACCUGAGGGACCGCACACCCUCCCCACCCUCUGGGCCUAAUAACACCAGCGGCGGCGGGCCCAUGUGGACGGACGACGCCGGCCUCGACAACCCUGCCUUUGAGGAGAGCACGGAGGAGGACAGUGUGGUCGGGUUGGAGUGUGUGGUCCCCAGGGUGAAGCGGCCCCUCAGUAAUCCCUGCAUCCACCUCCUCCGCUCUGUCAGCUCCACCUCCUCUGGCUGGGACUGCCCCGAGUCUCCACCUCUCUCCGCUGAAGAAGGCUGCGUGAAGUUGCCCUCGCUGCCUGAAGGAGAGAUAACUGCCAUAGAGGUCCACCGGGCGAACCCGUAUGUUGAGCUGGGCAUCAGCGUCGUUGGGGGAAACGAGACGCCGCUCAUUAACAUCGUGAUUCAGGAAGUGUACAGAGACGGGGUCAUCGCUCGAGACGGGAGGCUGCUGGCCGGGGAUCAGAUCCUACAGGUGAACAAUGUGGACAUCAGUAACGUCCCCCACAGUUUUGCCCGCUCUACGCUGGCACGCCCCUGCACCACCUUGCAGCUGACUGUGCUUAGGGAGCGUCGCUGUGCCUCCCGGGCUCCCCCCUCCUCUUCCUCCUCCACCCCAGCCGUGCCCCAUGCUCCCUGCUCCACCCCUGAGGGCACCCCAUCCAGCCCCGCCACACUGAGAAUCACCCUACACAAGCGGGACUCAACAGAGCAGCUCGGCAUCAAGCUGGUGCGACGAACGGAUGAGUCAGGAGUGUUUGUGUUGGAUCUGCUGGAAGGAGGCCUGGCAGCGAAGGAUGGCAGACUGCGGAGUAAUGACCGUGUGUUGGCAGUCAACGACCAGGACCUACGCCACGGCACCCCGGAGCAGGCUGCACAGAUCAUACAGGCCAGUGGAGAGCGGGUCCACCUGCUGAUUGGUCGACCCAGCAAACCAACUCCUCCUCCACCGCCAAAAUCAAGCUCCACCAGAGACCUCUACUGCCUUGAUCACUUCCUGCCUAACCACAGCUCCACCCCGAGUCCUGUGCCCAUACACCUCUCUCGCACCAGCACUCACAGAGACCUUUCCCAGUGUGUGACCUGUAAGGAAAAACACAUCACUGUGAAGAAGGAACCCCACGAGUCUCUGGGUAUGACUGUCGCAGGAGGGCGAGGCAGCAAGAGUGGAGAGCUGCCGAUCUUUGUGACCAGCGUCCAACCGCAUGGCUGCUUGUCGAGGGAUGGACGAAUCAAACGAGGUGACGUCCUGCUGAGUAUCAACGGGCAGGACUUAACGUACCUGAGCCACAGUGAGGCUGUGGGCACCCUGAAGGCCAGCGCCGCCUCGUCCUCGGUCCAGCUGCGGGUGCUGGAGGUCAGCAUGGUUGAAGAGCAUGACCAUGACGAGCUGCUGCCUCACACGCAUGACAGUGACUUUGAUGCCAACUGGUCCCCAUCGUGGGUCAUGUGGCUGGGAUUACCCAGCUACCUGCACAGUAGUCAUGAGAUUGUACUGCGGAGGAGCCACCCAGGCAGCUGGGGCUUCAGCAUCGUCGGGGGCUACGAGGAAAGCCAUGGCAACCAGGCCUUCUUCAUCAAGACCAUCGUCCUCGGCACGCCUGCGUACUACGACGGCCGGCUCAAGUGUGGUGACAUGAUCGUGGCAGUCAACAGCCUGUCGACAGCAGGGAUGAGCCACUCAGCGCUGGUGCCUAUGCUGAAGGAGCAGCGCAGCCGGGUGGCGCUUACUGUGGUCUCCUGGCCUGGCAGCCUGGUAUAG